GCCAGCGUUAGCUGGACAGUUAAACUGCUCCGGAGCAGGCUAGAGUUCAGACGUCUACGUCACCAUGGUAACUCCAAUGAGUCACGUUGAUGGAAUGAAAUUCUUACUAAAAAAGCCAAACUAACCUAAGAAAGCCAGCCUGAAGCCCUCAUCCGCUUUCAUGGACCAGCCCUCUGCUUCUAGUUUUACUUCCUGUUGUGACUCAGAUCUGUCCUCCGUGUUAAAGCUGAAGCUUCAAAGUCUCUGUGACUGGAUGUGACUUCAGCAGCUGAACUCCAUCAGUGUUGUUGUAGUGACAGAGUGCAGCUCUCCCAGUAGGGGGCGCUCUGCUAUGGAUCAGUGUGAGGACCCAGAGGAGGGAGUCCCUCCCUCUACAACCUCUCUGUGUGGAGAACAGGAAGCUCUGAGGAUGAAGGAGCAGAGACCAGACUCUGCUGGACCCAGCUGUGUGUCCAUGAAGAGUGACCAGUCUAAAGACUUUGUUAACACUAAGGUUGGACAUCCUCCUGAUGGAAGAGGAGGACAGAGUCAGAAGAGAGGACGAGAGAACGGGGAGAGACAUGUGGGAAAGCGCCAAAGGUUGGACCAUGGUGGACUGCACAGACUGACGCCUGGUCUGAGGAAGUACGCCUGUGAGCCGAGAGUGGACACCAAAACGGUGAACGGAUACCUCAAACUGUCUGACGACUACAGGACGGUGACAUGUGUGAUGGUGGAUCAGUCAUAUCCUGAUCAUCCAGACAGAUUUGAUCACUGGUCUCAACUGCUGUGUCGGACUGGUCUCACUGGUCGCUGUUACUGGGAGGUCGAGUGGAGAGGAGACGUGGAUGUAUCAGUGAGUUACAAAGGAAUCAGGAGAGGAGACACUGAUGAAUGUUUGUUUGGACAUAAUGAACAGUCCUGGAGUCUAUUCUGCUCCGAUAAAGGUUACUCUGUCUGUCACAAUAACAGAAGUACAAACAUCUCCUUCUCCUCCUCGAUCUCUGGGAGAGUAUCAGUGUAUGUGGACUGUCCUGCUGGCUCUCUGUCCUUCUACAGCAUCUCCUCUGACACACUGAUCCAUCUCCACACCUUCAACACCACAUUCACUGAACCUCUCUAUCCUGGGUUUGGGAUCUGGUCUUUUGGUUCCUCAGUGUCUCUGUGUGAUGUGCCGGUCUUGGAAACACAAGAUCAGCUGAUCUUAAGUGAGCUGAGUGAUUAUCAGCUGACUGAAGAUGAGCUGACUGAGGAUCAGCUGACUGAGGAUCAGCUGACUGAGGAUGAGCUGACUGAAGAUGAGCUGACUGAGGAUCAGCUGACUGAGGAUCAGCUGACUCUGUGAAGCUGAUCCUCUUAAACCUUGGAAAAAUUCUGAUUUUAAACGUUUGAUGACUUUAACCAGGAACACUGGCUCAUAUAGAACACCUCUAAAAGAAUCUUCUAUUUUUCUUGGUUUUUAUUUCUUUGAUGUUUUGAUGAA